AUGGUUAGAAAAAAGGAUAAGUUUUGGGAACAUGUACAACAACUUGGGCGGAGCCGUUUUAAAUGCAAUUAUUGUGAACUUGACAACUCUGGUAGUGUUACUCGAGUGAAGGCUCAUUUGGCUUGCUUGACUGGCCAUGAUGUUCAAAUUUGUACUAAAGUCCCUGACCAUGUUCAAGUUGAAGCCAGUGCAGAAAUGAAUUUAAGUGCAUCUAAAAAGAAAAGGACAAAUGAGACCCUAGAAAGUGGAAUUGGAUCCACAAAUUCUCAUGGUAGGAGCAUUCAUCAAACCACAAUGACAGAAUCUUUUAUUCAAAUGAUGAAAAGUGCUUAUGCCUAUGGUCAGGGUUUUGUUAUUCCUAGUUACUCUACUCUUCGUACCCGUUUGAUUCCUGAAGCUAAGGUAGAGAUCAUGGAAUAUGUGAGCAAUAUAAAGUCAACAUGGGGUGGCACAGGUUGCACAAUAAUGUCUGAUUCUUUGACUGACCUAAAGAAGAGGUCUUGGGUCAAUGUGAUAGCUUAUUCUCCUGGUGGGGUUGUAUUCCUGAAGUGUAUUGAAUGUGGUUCAAAUAGUAUUACUGUUGGAUAUCUAUUUAGAGAAUUAUCUGAUGUUAUUGAAAUGCUUAGACCACAACAUGUUGUGCACACAGAUGUUAUAGCCUUAAUGAGGGAAUUUACAAAUGACAAAGAGAUUAAGCGGCCUUGCAAGACAAGGUUUGCUACUAAUUUUUUAAUGCUCCAAUCUCUUAUUGUAGUUGAGAAUGAGUUAAGGCUAUUGGUUGCAUCAUCUGAAUGGAGAGGCUUCCAUUGCAAUAGAGUUAAAAUAGCAUUAAAGACUGUCAGGAUAAUUCAAUCUGAUAUAUUCUGGGAUGAGGCAAAGGAGGUUAUUGCUUUUAUGGAUCCUCUUAUUAGGAUUCUUCGCCUUGUUGAUUCAGAUGGUUUCACUGCAUGUUACUUGUAUGAAGCAACUGUUAGGGAAAAAGAAAAAUUAAGGAAAUUAAAGGAGAGUGAUGGAGUAAAGUACUUUACCAUAUUGGAUUUGUUUGAUACAAAGGUGGAAAAGAAUAUAAUUCAUCCUGUUCAUGUGCUUGCUGCAGCUUUAAAUCCUAAUCAUUUGUUUGAUGGUGGACUUUUUAUUGAGACAAGUACAGUUGUGCAAACUCAAGAAUGUAUUGUGGCAAUCAUGGUUCCUCUAGAAGAUCGUGAGUAA